GUUUGUAGAGAGAGAAAGAGAAGAGAGAGAGAGAAGAAUCAUCAGCUUGCGGUGGAAUUUGCUGAAAUUGCGGUACAUUGCUUUUUGCAUGGCUUAGAAGACAAAUUUUCCAUUUUCUCCAGCCUCUGGAGACUGCUUUUUCAGGCAAUUGAUCCGAGGCUGGUUUUUCGUUUGAGCCUUUCUUUCCCUUCCGAGGAAUCAGAGCCAGAGGUUUUUCUUCGUUGGUUUGGAAGGGAAAGAAAGCGACGUCGUUUUUGAAGCCCAAUUGGAUCUCUGAAGGCAUAUAUAUAAAUAUACAAAACAUACACAUAUAUAUACACACACACACACACAUUGGUAUAUUUGAGACGAAAAUGAGCGCCAUUGAAGGUAUGAUUUCGAGGCGAGUUUUGCCUGCUUGUGGAAGUCUUUGUUUUUUCUGCCCGGCGAUGCGGGCCCGAUCUAGGCAGCCUGUGAAGAGGUACAAGAAGCUCAUUGCCGACAUUUUUCCUCGUAACCAGGAAGAAGGACUUAAUGAUAGGAAGAUUGGAAAAUUAUGUGAAUAUGCAACUAAAAAUCCUCUGCGCAUUCCAAAGAUCACAAAUAACCUUGAGCAAAGGUGUUACAAGGAAUUGAGAAGUGAGAAUUUUCCAUCUGCCAAAAUUGUCAUUUGCAUUUACAGGAAAUUGUUGGUUUCUUGCAAGGAGCAAAUGCCUCUCUUGGCUAGUAGCUUACUCAGUAUCAUGCAUGCUCUGCUGGAACAAACACGGCAAGAUGAAAUGAGAAUUAUAGGUUGUCAGACACUUUUUGACUUUGUGAAUAAUCAGGCAGACGGGAGUUACAUGUUCAACUUAGAAGGCUUUAUUCCAAAGCUCUGUCAAUUAGCUCAAGAGGUGGGUGGAGAUGAACGAGCAGAUAAUCUGCGUUCAGCUGGGCUGCAAACACUUUCUGCAAUGGUUUGGUUUAUGGGCGAAAAUUCUCAUAUUUUGGUGGAGUUCGAUAAUGUUGUUUCAGUAGUAUUAGAAAAUUAUGGAGGUCUAAAGGAAAAGACCGAGAAUUUUGAAGGUUCACAAAAUCGUUGGGUGGAGGAAGUGCUAAAAAAUAAGGGACAUGUUUCUCCUUCAUCAGACAUCACGAUAAGGGUACCUUCUUGGAGGGCCAUUUUGAACAACAAAGGCGAAGUGAAUGUGACAUCGGAAGAUGCCAGAAACCCGUGCUUUUGGUCCAGGGUUUGCCUCCAUAACAUGGCCAAGCUAGCAAAGGAGGCCACUACAAUACGGCGUGUUUUGGAAUCUUUGUUCCGUUACUUUGAUAAUGGAAAUUUAUGGUCUCCCAAUAAUGGGCUUGCCUUCCCAGUUCUCAAGGAUAUACAAUUUUUAAUGGAUAGUUCUGGGCAAAAUACGCAUGUUUUGCUGUCCAUCUUAGUCAAGCAUUUAGAUCAUAAAAAUGUUCUUAAGCAGCCCAACAUGCAGCUGGAUAUUGUUCAAGUUACAACCUUCCUUGCUCAACAAGCAAAGGUGGAGCCUUCUGUGGCCAUAAUUGGUGCAGUAAGUGACAUCAUGAGACACCUUAGGAAGAGCAUACACUGCUCACUUGAUGAUGAGAAUCUGGGAGAGGAUGUGAUUAAGUGGAAUAAAAGCUUUGGAGAAGUGGUGGAUAAGUGCCUUGUACAGUUAUCAUAUAAGGUUGGAGAAGCAGGCCCAAUUCUUGACGUUAUGGCUACCAUGAUGGAGAAUAUCUCAACUAUCACUGUCAUAGCUAGAACUACUAUAUCUGCAGUUUACCGUACUGCUCAAAUCGUUGCCUCUUUACCGAAUUUAUCUUAUCAAAACAAGGCAUUUCCUGAGACUUUGUUCCAUCAGCUACUUCCAGCUAUGGUCCAUCCGGACCAUGAAACGAGAGUUGGUGCCCACCGUAUUUUUUCUGUUGUUCUCGUGCCUUCUUCAGUUUUCCCUCGUUCAUCCCCAUCUAUUCUUGAGUCAAAGAAGGGCAUGGAUCUGCCAAGGACAUUAUCCAGAACCGUCUCUGUCUUUUCAUCUUCAGCUGCACUUUUUGAGAAGCUAAGGAAGGAGAAAUUUUUGUCACAGGAAAAUGUUUUUGAAGAUGCUCAAGAAAAUUUUUUCAGCUUUGAUGAAUCGAGAGAUACUAAUAUUAUGUCUUUGAAGACACUGAACUCUUCUUACAGUCGGGCGUAUAGUAUGAAAAAUUUGCCUGAGCCUUUGAUGACAGAAGAAGAAUGUACAACCAUUUCAACCAAGGAACCAGAGGCUAAUUCCUUGAGGCUGAGCAGCCACCAGAUAACUCUCUUGCUAUCGUCAAUUUGGGCACAGUCCAUAUCUCCCGCAAACAUGCCCGAGAACUAUGAAGCAAUUGCUCAUACUUAUAGCCUUGUGUUGCUGUUUUCCCGAGCCAAGAAUUCUAGUCAUGAGGUUCUAGUGCGUAGCUUUCAGCUAGCAUUUUCCUUGCGGAGUAUUUCUCUUAAUGAUGGAGGGUCGAUUCCUCCAUCACGUCGCAGGUCUCUCUUUAUCUUGGCAACUUCAAUGAUUCUCUUUUCACUAAAAGCAUACAAUAUAGUUUCCCUUGUUCAUGUUGCCAAAGCAGCAAUUAGAGAUAAAAUGGUUGAUCCAUUCUUACGCUUAGUCGAAGAUCACAAGUUGCAGGCUGUCAACUCUGGAUCUAAGGAAAAUGCUUAUGGAUCUAAAGAAGAUGAUGGCUUGGCCAUGAAGUCGCUUUCAGAAAUACAAAUUACUGAAGAUCAAACAAGGGAAUUCUUUGCUUCUGAAAUAGUGAAGAGCUUAGAAGACUUGUCAGAUUCCGAGUCAUCGACUAUAAGACACAAACUUCUCAAUGACUUCAUUCCUGAUGAUGUUUGUCCCCUUGGAUCCCAGUUGUUAUUGGAUACUCCCGAAAAAUUAUAUCAGGUUGAUUUGAAAAGUAGUACAUCUAAGGAGGCUGCUCCACUUUUUUCAAUAGAUGAGGAUUCUUUUGCAGAUUCGUUUGAUAGUCACAAAAAUCAUUCAGAAUUUGCUGUGGAAACUCCCAGUAUUUUGAGUGUGAACCAACUUUUGGAAUCAGUUUCUGAAACUACGCAUCAAGUUGGAAGGGUUUCAGUCUCGACUGGACCUGACGUGCCUUACAAGGAAAUGGCCUUGCACUGUGAAGCACUUCUUAUGGGUAAGCAAAAGAAGAUGUCUGGUUUAAUAAGUGGCCAUCAAAGACAAGAAUAUUUGACGGACUUCUCAUAUCAUAAUCAAAAUGAUGAAUCGAAAGCAAUAAUCUCCGCUUCCUAUGUUGAUGUUGGUUACCUUGAGGUUAAUAACUUCACCCCCAAUGCAUGCAAACCUUCGGUUGGUCCUGCUCUUAUGUUGUGCGCAACAGAAUACCAGCAUCAUCCUCAGUUCUUCAAACUACCGGCAUCAAGUCCGUAUGAUAACUUCCUAAAAGCAGCUGGUUGCUAAAAGAGUCCUUACAAGUGUGAAAAUAUGUAUCUUGAUUGAUAGGAACUAGGCAGGAAUCUGUCGGUAAUCUAGCCACCCGUGGAUUCUUCCAGGCUCAAAGACUCGCCAGAUCUGUCGUAUAAACUAUUCACAUUUUUACUCAUCUCCUUAGCUCCGCAUAAGAGACCGCCGCAGAUCAAAGAUCAGCUGAGUUUUUUGCUUCCCCCCCAAACACUAUGAAAAGGAGUGCAAAGGAGUUGUUUUCUACCAUGUCUCCUUCUCACUCAUCUUCAGGUUCUGUUGUGCUUCAGAGCUUCCAUUGUCAUUCGAUCCGUUGAUUAUAUAAAAUUGUAUUUAUUUGUAGUUCCAGUGUUGUUGUGAUGGUGAAUGUAAAACAUGAGAGUUGAAUUGAUCAGACAAUAAAUGUAGACUUGAUAGUAAAUCACACACAGGAUGUCUUAGGAGAUAGACCUGUGUGCUUCAAUGAAUCUCUUGAUUCUUCUAUAUAGCAGAGAUGACUCUUCUUUAUCACUAAAGAGCAAUAUCUCUAAUGUUGCAUAAUCGAUUUAUUAUUGUUAUUUUCUAUUUUUAAGGGAAACGUCCCAUUGUUGCUUUUAUCAA